UUUCCCCCUGGUUUGCGAAGACUGGUUCUCUUACUUAAACGCCUUGCUUGGCCGUACGCCGAGUCAGCAGCGGCGUUUAAACGCCAUAUUUCAUCAGCUAUUCGUAAAAGCGUGACGCGCGGCAACGAGUUUUGAAAAAGUGCCACUCAGGUUUAAGCGCUGACUGUGUUACUCCGCAUACGCCUCUAGGCGAGAUUGUGAAAAUGAUCUUAAUACGGCGUGCUAGUCAACAUGUGUUGAUGGCUCACUUUCAUGAUGCUAAACAAUGUGAAUUCUGAUGCUGGGCAAUCCAAAUGCUCUUCGUUUUACUGCUGUUUAUUUAAUGCCUUGAGUAAACUGGACUCGUUUUGAGCUCGAUUGUUAACUUUGAUUUUUGUUAACAUCAUGGUGAUAUAUGAUUAACUGCCUCAAACUGAAAUAACGAAAGAACUGAUUGAUAGUUCCUGCCAAGUUUGGGGCAUUUGAUGCGAAACACAAGUGGCCACAGACCUAUUGGAUUAUUGAUAAAUGCCAAAGUUGCAAUAUUUUCUAUGUGAUGUAAUAACUUGUAAACACUGUAAAUAUUUUCCGUAUUUAUCUGAAUGGAAUGCUGAUUCUAAUCUGUUUCUGACUCUUGCCAUACAUGAUUAAUAUUUGUAAAUACGUUCAUCAUUUAAUUCCAUAAAAUUUUAAUCACUUUUAAGUGGUUAAUUCUCGAGCCAAAUUUCCGGACUGAAGUUUCUUAAAGUUCCUAGAAAACAUUAUGUCCACCAACACAGAUUCCGAAUCUCAGUCCUCCGAAAAAAUGACUUCACCUCUUCAAGCUGGGACAGAGGACAAAGAUGAAGACAACGAAGAAGUGGACAUCGAUGUGACAAGUGUCCCUUCUGAAGGGGAUCCUUUAGUCUCGUCAGAUGUGGAAGCUGCCUCAGAAGAAGACGAAUAUUUCAAACCCAUCAAAAAACUUUGCAUGGCUCCUUCGAGGCCUAGUGCCCCGUUGGUGCCAGUGGCUGCCCCCAGUAGCAAACCACUCAGCUCUUUCUUCAUCAAAGACAUUUUAAAUCAUAAACCUGCAUCGAUCCAACGGACACUGUCGACGGAUGUCCGCGGAAUCGUUCGGCCGUGGGACUUGGACAGUUCUGCGGCAUCGAGGCGUAGGCCUCGUUCGGCCGACGACGACUCACGGUCUGAGAGAUCGGAAAGCGAUUCUCCCGAGAGUCCCGCUGUUGCUAACCCUAACGCAUCGCCACUUGACGCUCUCUUCGAAAUGACCAGUAAAGCGUUCGAAGGACUUGAGGCGAAUGAAAAAGCUUCAGAUUCCUCUCGGGACCACCUGAGUAUGUUCAACAACCGACAACAACCAAAGAAAAAGCGGAAAUCCCGCACUGCUUUCACUAACCACCAAAUCUUCGAGCUGGAGAAAAGGUUCCUCUACCAAAAAUACCUCUCCCCCGCCGAUAGGGACGAGAUCGCCCAGUCACUUGGUCUUACUAACGCCCAGGUCAUCACAUGGUUCCAAAAUAGGAGGGCGAAGCUUAAACGAGACAUGGAAGAAUUGAAGAAAGAUGUCGAACACGCCAAAGUGACAGGCGCCUCCAAACACAUCAUUGAGAACAUUCAUGACUUGAGACUCCUCAAGAAGUCCAAGGAUGGAAAGAUCCUGUGCACUAUGAUGCCCUAACUACCACCGAGGUUCUAGAUCUUUGCAAGCAAUGACUUUACACAGGAUAACAUAAGAUUGAUAGAUCAUGUAAAAAGACACACAGUUUCUAUACAUUUUAAAAUUAUUUGUUAUUAUUUAAAAAAAUUUAAGAGAAUUAAGAUCGCUUGCCAUGAAUAGUAACUUUAUUUAUGAAUUUAUUUAUUGGCUUAAGCUGGCUAUGGGAUACUUUCUUCGUACUCGAGUAUACACUUUUUCUUCAGUGUCUAAUAAUUUUGAAAUUUAAGGAAUUUCCUGCCAGUUAGAAACAAUUUUAACGGGCUUCAUUUAGAUUUUUGUUUUUAGGUACUCAUCAAUAAUGCUCAAAAUUACAAUAAUUUAAUUAGUAUACAAUCUCGCUGCAUUCAAGUGUUAGGCGUAUUGUUCAUCUCUUUGGUAAGAAACAAUGCGAGUAAGCAAUUUAUAUUGAUAGUGAAGCUUUAUAAUUAAUUUAAACUAUUCAUUUAAAUUUGAUGUUUACUAAUAAGGACCUCUUGUUCUUAUCUUACGUAUACGUGAAAAUGAAAGUAAGAUUAUCAUUUAAUUUUUGGUUGAUGAAAAUGAAACAACAAAUUUAAGAUAUGCAUGCAAACAAAGAAUUUGGAUAAUCGUAAAAGUGAAUUAAUAUAUUUUACUAUAAUCGGAGUCCCAAAAACUUAUAUUUAUGAGGUAUUUAAUAUUUCAAUUUAACAUCUUAUUUAUUUUGAUUGUAAGUAAAUGCUGUAGAAAGGAAAAAAUGCUUUACACGUAAUAAAACGUUUAGUUAUAUAUUGAUAUUUUUCAUUUCUCUACAUUUCCCAACCCAACCCAUAGCCGAACUGAUAUAAGCUAUUUGAUUAUUCUUAAAAAGAAUAUCGUAAAGAAUUGUAAAAAUUUAGUAAUGCAAAAGUAACGAAUAUAUUUUUAAAUAGGUGAAGCUGUAACUGUACACAAUUUCUCAUUCUUAAAUUAAGUCUCAAACAUUUUUGCUUUUGAUAAAUAUUGAUAUUAUAUUCGUAAUCACUACAGCCUCACAAUUUACUUAUUUUAAUAAUAAAUUAGGAAAAAAUAAAUAUGGCGUAUAAGAAAAGAAAAAAAAAUAAAGAGUUUGUAGAUAUAUUAGAGUUUAUAUUUAUAAUACUACGCAGCAAAGAAACACAUAAAAUUAAAAUUUAAGUUCAGUCACUUCUGAAAUACAUCAAAAAUAUUUCUAAUUUUUAGAGUUAUUAAUGAAUCUUUUUACAUACGUAUAAAAAGAAAACUGGAAUGAAAACUGCUUUCGUGUAAAGAUUUCUAAAUAAUAUUUCACCUCGAAAAUGCAGAAAAUAUCUCAGCCAGAUUUCUUUCAAAAAUAAGUAAACGAAACUGCCUAUAAAUUUCAAGCUUAUCUUGAUUCAAGUUUGUUGAUAUGUGCAUCAUCAAUUAAUGUUAUUGCUGUAUACUAUGCGAUUGCUGUAUAUGAUAAGGACUAUCUUUUAUCAACUAAAUAUUUAUUUAUUCCUUUUAAUGUAUUAGUUGUCCCAACGGACAGUGCCAGUUCCGUCUGUGCGUCAUCCUGUAAGGCAGUAUAAAGAAAGUAUUUUUUUAAGCGCAAGAGUGAUUUAGUAAGAUCCCUUUUUUUAAGACAUGGAAAAUAACCACAUUUUCAGUAUACUUCGCAUAUCAUUAAAAAUGUUUUAGAAAUCAAA